AUGGGUUGGACUGCCACACAAAGCCCAGGGACAGAUGCCGGACAUCAGCUGGCCAUUGCAGCCAUGUUGAACGUAGACAACACGUUGGUCGAAGAAGACGUCGUACUUCGAAUCCUCAGCAGACACGAGACAGAAAAGUGGAUGCCGGAGGCAGACGACAAGGACUUGGAAGCUGUUGUUCGGGACACACUUUUGAUCGGCGAGCAGGACGAGGCACUCAAGGAACUGAGCAGACGGCGUUCCACAGUUUCAGCUAAGGUCCUACGGCCGAAGGUCAUCACGAUGUACAAAAAGGCCGUGCAGGACCUCGACAAGGACCACUGGAAAAGAGGACAAGAAGCACGCAGGACGAAAACGAAGGACAACGAGAAGAAGGCUACUUCAGCUAACAAGACGUACGACCGGGUCUACGGGAAGCUGAACUCCACGGUGGACGAACGCGUGAAGAGCAUGUUUCCACACAGCGUUGGAAUUUAUACAGACCCGCCGAACGGUCGUUGGAAGCUCUCCUACAGCAAUGCCGCUCGUGCUUGUGUCGAGCAGGCUUGGGCAUGGGUAGAGGCACACGAAGGCCGGGAACCACCUGCGAAUUUGCAGAUAGCCAUGGUUGCACGGCCGAAGUUGAAGGAGGUCGGCCUCUCGCAUAUGCCGUCGGCAUGGACAUUGAAGAAGCGGCCGGACCUUCGCAAGGAGUACACCCAGAGAGCUCAGGACGGCUACAAGAAAAACCAGGCAUCAAAAGACGAAUAUCGCCGUGCGAAACGACAAGAGAAACCCGUUUCGCAAUCGAUGGACUUGCCUAUGGUCAGUGAACCGGAGGACUUCGAUGGUCGUGGUACGUUCCGUUGGACAAUGGAGGAAUGCUUGGAACCCGCAGGACACAUUGGGCGAGGCACAUACGGGGAGGUCUUCGCAUGCCAUUUCCAGGACCUCCGCCUGGCGUUGAAGGUCGCCGUUCGUACGCCGGACAAGGACACCGCAGUGGUCGACACACACACGGAUGGCCUGGAGAAGUCUUGGGACUUGACACGGGAGUACACAAUCCUGAGCAAGAUCGGACCACACCCGAACGUUGUGCAGCUCUACGCUUUGCUUCAAUCCUCGACUGGACACACAGGCAUUCUCAUGGAGAAUGCCUCAUUGGACCUUUUGAAAGUUGUUCGGCAGCUGCACGCAGAGGACACUGAGGACUCCGUGCCAUGGACAACACGACGAGCACAUGUCACCACAUAUUUUCGGCAAACACUGGCCGGACUGGGCUAUGUGCACAGCAAGAACAUCGUGCAUUUGGACGUCAAGACGAACAAUUUCCUGGUAUUCUUACCCGCGCACCGUGUUGCAUUGUCGGACUUCGGACAUUGUCGUGCACUACCCGUAGACGGACAAACACGCGUAAGAGCUGACGAGGUUUAUGCAGCGUACUACAGACCCAUCGAGUGCCUCUUUGCUGGUGACAAGAAGGUCGACGUCAGCACCAAGGCGGACAUGUGGGCACUCGGCGUGGUCACGUGGGACUGUUACGCUCGGACUCAUCGAUCAUUGUUCGUUCCGGACCCGAAGCUUCUCGUUCAGAACACGAAGAGCUUGGAGGAAGCGUUGACUCGUUUCCGCCUCCAAUGGACCGGCAGGACAUCGGACAUGCACCUCAAAGAGGACCUCAUCGCCGGAGCCGUUUUCAGUAGGACUUUUCAGCUCGAAAAGGACAGGUGCACCGCGGUGACUUUGUACAGAGACUUGAAGUUGCCAAUUUCCAAGACAAUCGAGACACUCCAGGAACCCGAGGUACCAAGCAGUUAA